AUGCCACCCCUCUCUCCAUUGGUCGGACCGCAUGAUGUUGAAGCUGCGGGCACCAGGACUCCUCCCGAGCAGGAGCCCCAGGGACAACAUGAUGUUCUUGACCAAGCGGACUUUGAUAUGUUCAACUCAACUUUUAGAACUACACCUACACCCCCGCCUCCGCCGGAAGAUGAAUUUCACGGUACUUCUAGAGAUACCCUCGGUCCGCUGCCGUCACGAA